GAGAAAUCGGUUCCUGUCACGUAAUAAUCCAAACAAAUAGUAAGUCCAACCGCAAUCACCUUUAUGAUGGGAAUAGCCUUGAAUGUGACGUUCAAAAGUUUCUCUUUCUGAAGGUUUCCUCGCAACACAGCUUCGAUUUCGCUCUGAAAGAAGGUGGUCUCAAAAAUUGAGGUAUUUAUAACAGAAAUCUCAUUUUACAUAGAUUAUCCUUUUUCUCUCGGAGAGCUGCAAAGUCUAAUUCGUCGGCAUUGACACGAUAAUUCUUCAGCCACAAAAUUCAUGCAAGGUACGGUUGUUCUUCAGCACCUAAAGAGGCAGGUUCAAGGAAAUCUUGUCCAAAAAGGAAUAUUCAUCUUUUCUGUGCUUUCCGUUUACACAUGUAUAUUUGUUUCUUGCUGUCAAAAGGAAAAAGGAAAGCAGAUAACCCGAGGCUUUAUUUGCAAUGCUAGUAUUAUUUUGAUCAGAAUGCGCGUAAAUAUCAACGUCCAUAACACUCGUUUGGUAAAAGGUAAAGAUCGCAGUUAAUCGUUUUCAUUUCACCGCCGAAUUUCCAGUUUUCGUGAGGCAAAUGUACUCUCUGACACCAGUUUGUUGGGGAAUUCGCCUGGAAGCCCAAACGUUUGGAUGUCGCUUUUGCAAAUUAAAAUACUGCAAAAGUUUUGCAGCAUCUGAAAACAAAUUUUUUUUCGUUUAAACAAAAAAAAAACACGCGCAGUUCUUUUUUUUUCCGUCUGCAGACACAAGAAAUUUAACUUAGGUCUUUAAUACGCCAUUGUAUAAGACUGUCGAAAUAAAUCAAACAGAUGAUGAUAGGAUUUUCGGUUUUUGUUCUUUUUUGGUCGGUUUUUUGCAUUGGUAACUACUUUUUUUCAGUUUUUAUGUUUUUUUGGUGUGUGUGUGUUUGCGGGUUUCAGUCUUUUUUCGGCGAGUGCAGCCCAAGACUAGACAAAGAGGAUAGACAUUUUCUAUGAAACCUGUGCCGAGACAUCGCACAGAGUUUGAAUUUAUUCAAUCUAUUAUGGAUCCACUUACGUUCGAGAAAAAUUUCCUAGUAAAAUAUCCUUUUUUUCCCCUUGACGCUUAAAUUGGAUAUACCCAAAAUAGUAAUACGCUUUGGAUAUCCCCUGUUCACUCGUUACAGCACAAUCCUUACAAUAGAGUUAAAUUGCCAAAAAAACUGACCUCUAUUUUUGCAUUGAAAGUAGUGAAAAAACUUAAUUCGGGAGAGCUGUAGAUUAGUGAUGGCGCCGCGAGUUGGGGGCUUUCAGUUUCUCAGGCUAUGAUUUUUUUUAAGCGGUUUUCGAUUUUGUGUAAGCCCCAAUGCCUUGGACACCUUUGCUCAUUAGAAAAUUAAGGAUCUUGGACUAUUGGAAUUAAUACAAAAACAAACAAAUACAACAAAACAACGACAAAAGUAAUUUUAUGGCAUUUGCCGCAUUUGAUUAUUGCUAGCUGUGGUCGACUGGGUGUAAUUUUUAGCGAGAUAAACUCCUGUGAAUUUCUCACUCCAACCAUUUCUCUAGUUAUUUCUGUCCUGAUCUUGCCCCGUCGUGUUUUUCCAACUGCUUUUUACAGGAUUUUCACCUCACAGGGGUUAAUAGGAAUUGACGCAUUUUAUGACUGCGUCUAAUUUUUAUUUCUAUGACAGCGACUUCGUCGUGAUCAACGGGCAGCUUGCGGCUUAUACUUCUACUUUUAAUUAUGGGAUCAAGUUGUUCUAUUCUGAACGAUACCGAGUACGACGUCUGGAUCACUAAAAGAAUCAACUGGCAGGUUCUCGCGGUUUCCGUUGGUACCACCGCCGCACUGCUAAGUGGGGGAAUUGCGGCUUUUCUAGCACUCGGCCCGAUCGAAAUAGGACUUGGAAGCGCGCUCAGUGGAAUCGGUGGAGCAGCAAUCACGACCAAAUUUAAAGAGACUGCAGCAGCCACUGUGCAAGCCGGUUUAAAUCCUUCUCGACUGACGGUGGUACGCGAAUUCUUAGAGUCGCCAUUGAAACGACUCGCUAAGGCGUUUAAUAUUACAGAAAAGCAAGCUAAAGAUCUUCAAAAGUACGUUGGAGAUUUCCAAGCUGAAGCUAAGUUAAUCCGCCCAGGUGAGAAGUACACAUGGUCAGGCACUCUAUCUCUAACCAAGAGAGUGCAUGUUAUGAAUGAAAAGCUUCAGUUUGAUGACAAAGCUUGUUUUACAGGUCCUACAGAUGGUUCUGAACAAGUUUAUCGGAUAUCAGAACACUUCACAAAAUUGAAUGUUAAAAAGUAA